AUGUUGUCACAACACACAGAUCAAGAAGCAACACUUUUCAACACAUCAAACAAUUCAACCGAACAACUUAAUUUGAUAAUCAUUUUAAUUGUACCUACCAAUCAAUGGCCACAGUUGAUAGAACUUUAUAAAGUUCUUUUUAUGGAUAUAUCUGCUCACAUGAAGAACUUUAAUCAACGUGUUUAUGCACACAAGACUCUCUCAAAUAUAACUAAAUUGAACACCAUUUUUAGUGGAUUGCUCGAUGAAAUCAAGAAGGAAAAAAGUAUACUUCAGAUUCAGAAAAUACGAAAGAAAGCCAAGAAUGUUCAAAUCUUUGAUAAUCUCACUAGUCCAGAUGAUAUCAGAUCUCAGCUUGAUAUCGUCCACCCAACCGAGAACAUUUGGAUUUUUGCAAGAGAAAGCUCAGGUACUGGCAUUCAAUCGUAUCAAACCCUUUUGGCACACAUAAACUAUCUAUUGGCUUCAACUAUCAAGUUGACUGAUAACAACUCUGCCAACAACUUACCAACCUCAACCUUGAUGAUUGAAGAUUAUCAAUUACAUUGGAUAAUUGAAAUCAUUUCAACCUAUUGGUAUCCAAUAGCAUUCAGACAGCAGAUGGAAAUUAUGAUAGCUGAAUUGGAAUUCAGAGAUUUGGUAAUCAUUUCUGGAUUAGACAGGCUUUCAAGACACUAUCAUGAAAUACAUUAUCUGUUCAAUCAUUUCGAAUCUCUUGGCAUCAUAUUGUAUAUUGAGAAACUAUCAAAUAGAAGAGUUCAAGGUGGAUCAUUUAUCAUUGAUUUUGGUCUUCAAAGAGUAUUUGAAAUGAAACCAACCGGUCAAGAAAAUGAUAAAGGACUUCCUACCUAUGGUUUCCAAGAGAAUAUUCUAUUCAACGAUUUCUUGGAAGAUAUUAGAGAUACAGCAGAUCUCUAUUAUCAAUUCUCAAACGCCCAUGGUGUCUAUUCAAAGAGAGAUCAUACUAUGCACCACUGGAAAUCUACGGUUCACCCCAACUACAAUAUGAUGCAGUUUAUUUCAGAGAGUUUUGGAACGAUCAAUAAUGUAGUAUGCUUCUCUAGAACCUCACCUCCAUAUGAUGACCGAGUCAAAGGUGAAUCAAUCAAUUGUCAGGUUUCCAUUGGUCAGAGUUGUUUUCCUGACGCUCCACAUUCCUGCGUUUGUUUUUGCCAGUCAGCCAAUCCUCUCCGACCAUCAAAUCAAGAAACCAUUGAACAACUGGAAGAAGUGAUAGAUGAAGAAGAUGAUACUCAAGAGGUACCUCCUCAAACCAACUACCAAUUGAAUGGACGUUCCAGACCAACAAAUGUAGUUUGUCGGAAUGCGAAUAAUGAUACUAUUAUUAUGAAAUCUCUCACCAAGUUCUCUAAGUAUUUUGCAUCACUGGAUGAUGAUGAUACAAAUCAACCAAUUAUUUUGCAAGAUUUCAAUGAUGAUAUUAAAGAAGAGGAGGUGGAGGAAGAAGAAAUUGAUACAAAUAACAAUAACAAUCAAGGAACUGGUCGUAGAAAACUCAAGAAUUGGAUAUUGGUUGCAACUGGUAUGGAUCGUAUGAUACGAGAUGAAAGACUUAUUCCAGAUUGUUCUGCAUCAGAGUGUCACCCAAAUGGUCUUUAUUCUCUACAAUGUACUUGUAAGGAGGGAAUAGCAGAACAAUCUUGCAUUGAACAAACUCUGCUUUCUGCCGAUGAGUAUGAUGAGUCUGAUGUUCAUGAUGAUCAAGAAGACGAUGGGAUUGGCAUGGAAACUGAUAGCAGUAAUGAAGAUCAAGAAGAGGAUGGAAUUGGUAUGGAAACUGAUAUCAGUAAUGAAGAUCAAGAAGAUGACAAUGAUAUGGAUGUCGAUGAGUAUGAUGCUCACGAUGAUCAAGAAGAGAACCAAGUUCAAGAGAAUGCCAUCAUAUCAAAGUCUAGUAUCAUCAUUCAACUGAAGCAACUCUAUGGUAUCGAAAUUAACAACUGGAUAACUGCUGGAAAUGUUGCUCCUGCUAUGAACCUCAUCGGAAAUCUGUUGGGAUGGCGUGUCUUACAACGAAUUCAAGCUCUACAUCGUAUUGAGAGAUUCGAUCCUACCAAAGAAUACGAUGAUGACUUUGCAGCACCAAAUCCAGAUGAAAUCAGUAUGAGUGAACCUGCUAGAAGACUGCCACCUCAGAGUAAGAACUGUGUGAUAUGCACAAAGAAACUUGUCUAUAUGAGUAGCUGUCCAUCCAAGAAGUGGGGUGACUAUUGCAGUGCAGAGUGUGCAUUGGAAGCUGGUGAAGAUCCAGAGUCUGAUCUUUUUAAAUCUGAAAGAUGUAUUCAUCAAGAAGGUAAUAUGAAAUGUAAUUCAUUGAUCUUAGAAUAUUCCGACAGUACUUCAAGAUGUAUCAUGCACGUAGCAGAAUAUAGAAUGAGAAGACUGAGAAGAUCAACUUUAAAUAAUACAAAUAAAGAAUAA